GCCCACGACAGCAUCCACCUCCUCCGCCGGCACCGCCGCCCACCCGCCGACGAUUCGUCCCGGUGCCCUGCCCACGUACCCGAACCCGACUCCCUCCGCCGCCGUCUUACUCUUCCCCUUUCGUCCCCGGCGAGCGAACACCUUGCUUUUAGCCGCCGCCCCAGCUCCGCCAUGGACUCGCUCCUCGCCAGCUACGCCUCUUCCGACGACGAAGCAGACGAGGCCCCACCCGCCCCGGCCGUGGCCCGGGGCGGCGAGGCCGGCUCGAAGCCCCCCACCGCCUCCUCCGCUGGCGGCGGCGGAAUCUUCUCCUCGCUACCGCAGCCCAAGUCCGCGGCUCUCUUCUCCUCCCUCCCGGCGCCCAAAUCUGCCCCUGCUCCCGCUGCGGCCCGGGGCGAGGCGGCCGGCGCGAGGCCGCCCACCUCAUCCUCCGGCGGCGGCGGCGGAAUGUUCUCCUCGCUCCAGCAGCCCAAGCCCGCGGCUCUCUUCUCCUCCCUCCCGGCGCCCAAAUCCGCCCCCGCCCCGAUCUUCUCCUCAAUCCCGGCCCCGAAGUCCUCCUCGGAAAACCCUAAGCGCGUCGUCCAGUACCGCCCGCAGCCGAUCCGGCAGCCUACAGGCGACAGCUCCGACGACGAGGAGGACGACGCCAAGAAGGGCCGCCCCAGCGCCGCCGAGGCGCGCUUGCCGCCCGUGUCUGCUGGCUCGGGGCCCGUGUCCUCGUUCCUCCCGCCGCCUAAGCACUGUCUCGGGCUCGGCUCCGGCGCGGGCGCCGGCGCCAGGAGGUCGGCUAUCGACACGGCUGCGCCGGAGAGAUCGAAUCUCGGGGCCGCCGUUCCUUCAGGUUCCAUUGCGAACACCGAUGCGCCAGAAAGGCCUGAUACUGGCACUUCGGAUGACGACGAUUCAGAGGAUAGCGGCAGUGAGAAAGACCAGCCUGUGCCCGAGCAGCAGGAGGAGGGGCGAGAAGAACAGCAGGGUCUCGAUGCUGAAGCUGGAGACCAGCAACAGCAAGACUAUGAUGCUGGAGCUGGGAGCACUAGUGGAUAUGAAGCCUAUGCGUGGGAUCCAAACUACUAUGCUCAAUACGGUGCGAGUUAUGGCUGGGAUCCUAGUGCCAAUGCAAAUUAUAUCGCUGGAGAACAGUAUGCCGCAUAUGGAGGAGAGCAAAGUGGUGGGUAUGUUCAUUCACACGGAGGGGAGCAUGGUGGUGGAUAUGAGCAUGUUGCGGCAGCGCCAUAUGGAGUAGAUUAUACUGGAGGACAUGGCCAUGAAGUGGCAGCACCAGUGCAAGAACCAGUGUUGCCACCUGAGAUGGGUAGGAUUGGAGGGAAGAGAGGUAGGAACGAUAUGCCAGCUCAGAUUUUAGAGGUAGACCAGGCAGAGCUGAUGAAGAAUCGACCAAAGCAGGAUAAGUCCAAGCUCACUGGGUUGGCCUUUGGUCCUAGUUAUCAGGAUGUUGGAUACAUGGAGAAACUGAUGAUCUAUCAAGACAAACUAGCCUGCCCCAUCAGCAAAAGGAAAACCAUCCAAGUUGCAUAAAAGGAAGCACCAGAUUGGUUCUCUUUACUUUGACAUGAAAUCAAAGGAGAUGGAGCUUGCGGAGAGGCGCUCGAAGGGCAUUCUUACAAAAGCAGAGACUCAAGCAAAAUAUGGCUGGUGAGCAUGUAACAGUUUUAGUAUGUGUCGGAAUUGAAAUGUUUGUGAAUUCUUGUUGCAAAUUUUGUUGUAGCAAAAUAUGGCUGCUGAGCAUAUAAGAGUUAUGGACGAUAUAAACCCAAUGUAGAACAAAUAGUCGAUAUUUGUGCUGCCCUGCUUGUAUUGUGAAUUUGUGAUGUUGGCAUGAAUAUGAAGAACCAUACAGAUAGACUGCCCCAUCCCA